UUGCAAAGUUAGAGAAUUUACACCAAAAGCCCUAAAUUAGUUUUUUCUUAUUUCUGUAGUUUUGAGCUGACAAUGCUGAACAUUUAGGGUUUUUCUUGUAAAUUCUCUAACUUUGCAAAGAAAGGUCAUGUAGAAAUGGGAGAUAUCUCAUUUUAAUCAGAAAUUUGCAGGCUACAAUCAUGCCUUAUUAAGAAAGAGUUUGGUUAUUUUUUAGAGUUGCUGAAAAACUAGUUUUUCAGAAAACGGGUGUCUGAAGGCUUAAGGAUCCGUCUCAUGUCGAUAUUCGGAUUCAGCACGGUCGAUAAUCUAUAACCCACUAGGUUUCGACCGGAAAGCGAUUAGACAGUUGGAAAAGGUCCCUCCUCAGGCAUACCUGUUUGAUAGAAGCAGAUAUACAUGUGGUGCAAGGCAAAAAAAGGUUUUGUCUAGCACUCUUAAACGUAGUUAACCUACCAAUUAGAUAACGCAUCAGAAUAAUUGGUUAUGAUGUUUGUAUUGUUUUUUUCAAGGUUGCAUGGUUAGAUAACGUUGCCAUAUGGAAAAGUGCCUUACCUUGUUAUCCGUUGGCUCAGUCGUACGAAAAGAUUGAUCUACCAGUAUUAUGCAAACUUUAAUUUUAACAUUGUAAACAAAUAAACAAUCAAUUCAUCAUUUAUUUCAUUGAAAUUUUUUCUGUUGCUUUCGUUUGUUCGUCUUCUUUUUCAGUUUCUAGACCGUUUUUCUGCGUUUUCUUUUUAUGUGUCUGUUCAAGCGUUCUUGUUCUAUUUUCCAACUAGGAAAGAAGUUUUAUUUUAACAUAAUAAAAAAAAAUAUAAAAUAAUGAACUACAAAUCUGUUUAUUUCACAUGCUUCACUACUCGUCUAUUCUUAUUAUAGAACAGACAUUAUUGUCUUUCAUGUCACUAUAUUCUUUUUAGAUUUUAACGAAAAUAGUUUGUACAAUAAAGAAAAAAAAUUUAAAGUAUGGUGAAAGAAGUUGGCUGGUAUCCAUAUGAAUUUCAAUCGGGGUAAGAUAAGUUAGGGAUUAUUAUCUCAUCUAAAUGGUAGUCAUUUGGUAGUCAUAUCUUUUAAUUAUCCAAUAUCUUGUUUAUUUUAGUACAACUGUGGCUAUUGCUGGUGAUGAUUAUGUUGUUGUAGCAAGUGACACACGUUUAACUGAAAAUUAUUCAAUACAAUCACGUACACAUAGCAAUGUUUAUAAACUACAUAAUAAUUCGUUAUUAUUAUCAACCGGCUUUCUAGGAGAUGUAUUAACAUUGAAAAAAACACUUGACGGCCGCAUUAAAACGUAUGAAUAUACUCAUAAUAAACAAAUAUCAACUCCAGCAUUAGCUCAAAUGAUAUCGAUAAUGAUGUAUGGAAGAAGAUUUUUUCCUUAUUAUACAAAUACCGUUGUUACAGGCUUAGAUAAUGAGGGUAAAGGUUGUAUAUUUGCAUUUGAUCCCGUUGGUUCCAUGACACAACAAGGUUAUGCAUGUGAAGGCAGUGCAAUGCCACUUAUAUUACCAAUACUCGAUGCCAAUAUUCUUGGUAAGAAUACAACAAAACCAGGAUUAGUUAAACGUACAAAAGAAGAAACAAUAAAAAUGAUCAAAGAUAUUUAUAUGGCAGCAUGUGAACGAAAUGUUGAAUUAGGUGAUGGUGUUGUUAUACAUACAUUGACCAAGGAUCAAGGAAUAACAACUGAUAUACACCCAUUAAGAAAAGAUUAG